AUUUUUACCGUCUCCCAUCCAGAAAUCGAGACCGGAAGCGACCUGCACUACUUAGGCUAGUUUCGCUAACAUUUCUAAUGUUUUCAGUGCAAUGUUUUCGCAAACAAUUAGGCGAAAUUUGCGACAUGCUGCAUUUAAUCUAAGGUUAACCAAUCAUCAGCACAAUGCACUGGUGACUUCUGGACCAGGUCGAUUGGCGCAGUGUUCCUUCUUAACAGUUUUAACUCCUUACUUCAGUGACGAGAAUUAUGUUCACAAUUCAAAGGUACCACGGGCGCCUAAAUGGCAGCCAGCUAUGAAGACUGAACCUUCCUCGGCAACGGAAGUCCCUAGUGAAGUAGUAGACAAACUGGAGAGACUGGCCCUGGUGGACUUCCGUAAUCAAGAGGGUAUAGAGUGUUUGGAGAAAGCCAUCCAAUUUGCUGAUCAACUUCGCAAUGUCAAUUCAGCGGCUGUGGAGCCAAUGGACUCUGUUUUAUAUGACCGAUCUAUAUACCUGCGGAAGGACACCAUUCAUGAGGGAGAGUGUGCUGAGGAGCUGCUCCAUCUGUCUAGUCAUGUCAUUGAUGAGUACUUUGUGGCUCCAACAGGUAACAUCCCACUUGCAAAACAUGACGAGCGAGCAACCCCACUGGAGCAGGAGAAGUGAAGGGGGUGUCAGUCCUGGGAAGAUCAACUGAGAGGAGUGUGGCACUGCAUCAUGACCCGGCUGGUGUAUAUACACUCAAAUACACACUCAAGAUGCUAAUGCAUUUACUAUGAUGUAGAAUAUAAGAGUCAAAGAUAUUAUUUAUGAAUACUUUAUCUCAAGCCUUAAAUCACAGGUCAAAUCUAUAGAAACUGCAUAAACAUUAACAAUCAAAUGUGUGAUGUAAUAUGUAAUGAUUGCAAAUUUGUGCAAUUUGUUUUAGAUGGCCACCUAGGUCCUAAGAUUUCCAUAAAGGUUGUUGAUGGCUCUGUAGGCGGUUUCUUUGUAUAGUGUGAAAUAACCAAUAAAAUAUGUUUGGGAA